AAAAUAACGGACGAACGUGAAACGCACAUUUUUAAUGAGUCUUCAGAAAAAUGUAGAGAUAAAAGUUCUUUUUAUAUCGUACGACGAUGAAUAUUCUUUUAUACUGAGUAAAUGUUAAAUGAGGUAUGCAUAUUAUUUGGAGACUAAAACGCCCUCUUUUUGGAUCAAAAAUCCAAUUUUCUCUCCUUAUCAUCGAUUAGGAAUUGCUUUUUCGCAUAAUCGAUCAUCGCAACACUUGAAGCCAUAUGAAGAUCAAACGAACAUAAUAAAUAAAGAAGAAAGAAGCGGAUAAAGAAGAGGAUGCAACGUAAGGGCGAGAGAGAAAGAAAGAAAGAGAGAAGGGGUACGGAUAGAGAUAAAGCGAUUGACCCUCGCUCCCUCAAUGACCUGUCAGACAGAUAUGGUUCUACUAAAUUCACUCGCGUACUACUUCGACCAGUCGAACGUGUGCUUUCUCUAUAGUCGCCCUAUGUCGCACGUUGUCGUCAUCGUUUAUUGAUAAGCGUUGCACCUACCUCAAAUUAACAACGUAUAUAUAAUAUAUUUGUAUGUGUGAAUGUGUGCGUGUAAUGCGUGCUGAAAAUUAAAAUUAAUUAAUAUAUUAAUCGAGAGUAAAAACCGAAACAUGUGGUACGAGCUGCGUUCGCUCCAAUCGGAAAUGCGAGCAACAAUCUUCUUGAUGAUGUGCUGCUUCCUGUGCGGUCUGUGUGCGAGCGAUGAGUCAAAAAAGCUGAACGAUACCUCGUCAUCUAUGAUAGAUAAAAGUGAAGCAGCUCAGAUUGCUGCAGGCGAGCAGCGGCUCGGGGAUCAAAUUCGUGCGAUUCUCAAGCAUUAUCAGCAGGAUGAUCCGGUCGGGCUUCCGGGCGCACCGAUACCGGAUCCGAUGGCUGUGCCGGAUAUGAAGCAUUCCUUUUCCAUGUACACGAUGAAUUUUAAGAAAGUCAACGUUUACGGACUAUCCAAAUUCCAUAUCAAGCAUGUAGAAUCUGAGCUAGCUCGUAUGCAGGUGUCCGUCUCAGUGAGGAUCGAUAGUCUUGACAUUCGCGGAUUGUACACAUUAGCAUCGUGGCUCUCAAGAUCGGCUGGCAAUUUUACUGUGAAGCUCAACGGCGUAAACGUCCAGGGCAUCGCCAGACUAGAAGUGGCCACAGAUGGUAAAUUACAGGCCCAAGACAUUGACAUGGAUCUGACCUUUGAAAAGAUCGACUUGGACUUCAAGAAUCUAGGAUUUCUGGGGUCGGUCUUUCAAGGUGUCAUCAAUUCUGUCGGCUCCUUCAUCUUUGACAGCAUCAAGCCAUUUAUAUUAAAAGAAGUUAACACGAACGUUAGGGGCGAAGUGAAUAAGCAGAUAUCACAAUUACCGCAGUAUUUCCCUAAUUCGAUUUCACCCUUCGACAUGGCAGUAGCGGAAGCUCGUAAGCAGGUUUCUGUAAUGGGCUUUGAUCCAUACAAAUUAAAAGAUUAUAAUCAAAACAUCGGUGUAUUUAGUGUCGUCUCGUCACACACUUGGAUCACGGGUCUGGCCAGUUUCUAUCGCAUGGGCAAUGUAACAAUAACCUUGGAGAAUGGAAUUGUAUAUGCACUUGUGGAUGUCGGCACCCGGGAGCUGAAGGGCAAGACGCAUUGGGAAGUGAGCCUGAUCGGCGGCUUCCUAUCUCGCGCCGGCACCGUGUCCUUCAUCGUACAAUAUUUCCGAGUCCAGGUCAAGUUGAGCCAGUCGCUGGACACGCGAAAGCGCGCCACUCUGGAAGACCUGGAGCUCGAGCUGGGCAACAUCCAGACAAGAAUCCACGGUGCCGGAACGCUCGACUAUCUCAUAGAAGCGGGCAUCAAUAUAUUGCCGAACCUAUUACGAUAUCAGAUUAUGGAUGCGAUCGAGGGGCCAUUGAAGAGACGCAUACAAGAAGAAUUGAACAAGGUGAACGUAGAGGAAUUGAUCGAUGAGAAAAUUCCAAUGAUAGAGGAACAAGCCAGAUUGCUGAAAAAUAUGGCAAUCGUGGAGGAAAUGAUUUUGGAAGAACAAACACGGUCAAAUCAAGACGAUCAGCUGCCAUUCUCCGAUAGCGAAGAAGAUCGGGGACCAUCGUAAGAAAAUUACAGAUAUUAAAUAAUAUGAUCGAAAUAUUUAAUUUCAUUUUAGAUAAUCUAUAAUUCGAGACAAAAUGUUAUUUAUAAUCUUUUAUGUACCUAUAUAGUCUGACACGUAUUAAAUUGAUAAAAAUUUGA